GGCAGUCAACCGACAUCUACCACAUUAAACUAAGCUUAAAAUUGGCAAAAUGCAAAUUCAUAUUCUAGGAAUUGUGCUGCUUGCAGUGACGUUGAAUACCGCUCGAGCAGGAGAAUACUUAACCGAGAAACCUGAUGCACUGGCGACCUGCUUAGAGGAUGAUGAAAAUAAAGAUAUUUGUCUUGCCAAAACUAUCCAUAACACCAUUAUUAAUUGGGCAGAUGGAAUACCUGGAAAAGAUAUUUUCGGACUAACAGAUCCAUUCACUCUUAACGACUUUAAUGUGACAAGGGAAAUUUCAGCGGACGAUGGUACUCCCAGUGUUAUCCAUAUUCAAUAUUCAAAUUUUUCUGUAAAAGGCUUGAGCCAGGGAGUUAUCACUAGAGCCAGAUACUUUGGAAGAUUUGUAACAGCUACAUUGGAAACUCCAAAGUUGGUUUUAAAUUUCAACUUAAAUGCUACUAUAAAUGAAGGUUCAAAAAACAUCCGAAAUUGUCGACAAAGUUCAAGCGGAAAUGAGCUUAUUUGUGGACUUUGAUGCAUACUUUGAAAAGCGACACAGAUCCAACGCAACAUUUUGGUAUGUGAAAAAUAUGAGAACUGGUAUAUACGAAGUCCUAGACUUCAGUCUACAAACUCAAACUGACUUCGAUAAGUCCAUGUAUAAACAUUUUAUGGACUCAAAGAAUGAUGUCAGCGGGUUUUUGAAAACCUGGGAUCGCCAUUGGGGUGAAUUAUUAUUGAGAAAACGCGUUAAUAAGAUAUUGAACUAUAUUCCUGCUGGAUUCAUAGUUGACAGUAAUUUCUGGUAAC